UCUCCCCUACAGCUGACUUGCAACUGAUGCUGUCAACUUCAACGCUGAACGUCCAUUUUAUUUUUAAAAAAUCCCGCUACUUUGUUUAACGUCCAACAAUGGCUCGGGUGUUAAUAGUCGGCGCCGGAUUGACGGGUAGUUUAUGUGCGUGUCUGUUAAGAAGGGAAAUGCCGGACAAAGUGAAACUAGUGGUCUGGGACAAAGCGAGGGGCUCAGGUGGUAGGAUGUCUACCAGUAGAAAUCCAGAUAAUGCCUCCAGUUUAGUUGAUCUGGGAGCGCAGUACAUCUCAGCCUCUUCGUACUACGCACAGUCGCAUCGCAGCUUCUAUGAAGAACUGUUAGCCCAUGGUGUAUUGGAACCUCUGGAUGCUCCAGUAGAGGGCAUGUUGGAUAAAGCUGGUACCAUCAACUAUGUCACGCCGCUGGGCAUGUCUUCCAUUGUAAAACACUUCCUCAAAGAGUCAGCAGGGGCCGAAUUGUUCUUCAACCGUCACGUAACCAGCCUCUUUCAGAAAGGUGCAUCAUGGGAAGUACACAGGAAGGGUGGAGAGUGGGAGGAGUUUGAUGCCGUUGUCUUGACGAUGCCUGUACCACAGAUACUUCAACUGCAAGGAGACCUGGGAAAGUUACUCAGUGCCAGCCAAAAGGAACUGCUGGAGACAGUCAGCUAUUCAUCUCGAUAUGCCCUGGGUCUUUUCUACCCCCCAGCUGCCCACAUAGACGUACCUUGGGCAGUUAACUAUGUGGCUAACAACGCCUGUAUACGCUACAUUGCCAUCGACGACCGCAAACGCAGCAGAGAGUCUCCAGACUGCGGCCCAUCCAUGGUGGUCCACACCAGCGUUCCUUUCGGCCUUCAGCAUCUGGAGCAGGAUAAGGAGGCAGUCCAGCCGCUCAUCUUGGAGGAACUCAACAAGCUUCUUCCUGGCCUACCCCAGCCAAGGAGUGUCAAGUGUCACAAAUGGAGGUACUCCCAGGUGUUAGCCUCAGUCCCUGACUGCCCGGGCCAGAUGACCCUCCAUGCUAAGCCCCCAUUGGUCUGCGGGGGAGAUGGCUUCAUCCACUCGAAUUUCGAUGGCUGUGUGGAGUCGGCGCUCCGGGUUUUCGACGUGCUGAAGGCCUCGCUAUGAAGAGGAGGAGGAGAGAAGAGCUAGGAGAACCAGGACAAGUGGAUUUCACUCAAACCCUCAGGAAUGAGAAGACGUUAUGGGGGAAUGAUUCGGUGACAUGUCGUAUGGAUCAAGAUGGGCUAAUUUACCUCUACAGAGAGUGAUGUGCAGAUAAAAAAUGAAAUAUGGCUGCGGACUUGUCCAGCCUGGUGCCUGUCAAUCAGUGCCAUUUAUCAGCUCCUAACUCUUUCUUUCUCCCAUCUUUUCUCCAUCCACUUCAUACUCUUUUUACCUGACAUGGAUCCUGUCUUCUGUCAUGCUGUUCUUCUCUUCUUUAUUCCAUCCCUCUUAUUCAGAUGUGCUGAUUUCUGAACGUGGUGGAGGAACAGAUCAACAAGGGAAGGAGAAAGGACUAACAUCUGUUGAUUGUGUAAAGUCAUUCACAUUUUGUAAAUAAAAGGUAUUACAUGAACUGCCAAAGACUCUGAAACUUUUUAUUUUUCAGUUUCAGGUUGAAUAAAAAAUAUGU